GGAUCCUAAUUUCUAUUACAAUUCGCGACUGCCCCAGAUUAGCGGCAUUUUCAGAUCUCAGCGUACACCUCACGGAAAGCGGACAUUCACUCUUUUUCACUUUCUCCAACCAUGGUAAAUCUCCUGUUCCAUGUUUGUGAUCCAAUCAAAAGCAUAUACAUUCAAUAUUCAACAUUUGCCAUCUCUCACAUAUAGACAAUAGACCUUCAUAUACCUGCAUCUCCCCCAAAAACAGCAUCUCCGCCAUCUAAUUUCAUAAUGCCAGCACCCCAAACCUCAAAGAAAGAAACGUCCCCUAACGGCGCCAAGACUCUCAAACAGCAAAUACCAGCGCCUCAACCCGUGGCCGGCGGAUGGGCCGCUAGACUCUCAGGUGUGGCGGGUGUGCCCAAGCCAGCAACGGUGAAAGCUCCUUCAAAAGCGCCAUCUCCCUCAGGGGCCAGACCUGCCCAACUACAGCUGAAGAAGAAGAGCGAUAAGUUCAAUGCAUCUGAGAUAUCGGCCUACCUAUCUGCAAAGUACCAAGUGGAAAUAGACAGAGCUGCUGCGUCCAAAAAGGGGGACGUUAGAAUUUUCAAGGCGGAAUCUAGCUGGGGCAAAGCGCCUGCCACCAAGGGAAAGAAACAGGGGAGUACCACUUUUGACGUGUUGCAUGAAAUCAGCAAAGCGGUGGAAAACUAAAAUGCGGAUAAGAUUCAUUGGUAGAGGGUUCACGUGCACGACGGGCGUGUAUGCUUUCUCUGGAUGAAUCAAGCAGUACAGAAACCAAAUACGUCAUGUAUUAAAUUACCGUCACAUUGAAGGUGCUCGUCAAAGGAGAUAAACAAUAUCAAACAAAGGUUCUGGGAUGUGGUAUUUCCAUAAGAUGUAAUAAAAGGAGACUGAUAGUUUAUACUGCCACUGAGAUUUUGGGCGCAUGACUGAGAGUAGGCUCAGAACGCGUGAAUAUGCAUGUGUCAUGAACAAAAACCUCCACGUUAAGCCAACACCAGUAGAUAUAAAUACCCAACUAACGGUCGAAAUACCGUUGAUUAUAGAUCCCGCAAAAAAAAAAAGAAGCGUAACCACGUAACCUAUACA